CGUUAUGGUGCUAUAUUAAUCGACAUGAUGCACAUUUGUACUGUUAAAUGGCACUCAACAUUUUUAGCCAAUAUAUUUAAUAGGCUUCUUAUCUAUUUGUUAAUGAAUCUUUUAUCUGAGUUAAAUCUAAAAUCUUCUUGAAACUUGAGCAUUAUUUGCUAUACUGUGAUUUGCAUAGCCAAUCUUCCUCUCUACUAGUUUUUUGGGUAUGAAAUUGUCUCUUCUUCCACCAGGAUGCACAUCAACAGGCAGAGAUAUUAAAGAGUGAGAAGGAGGAUUCGUUGAAAAAGCUUUCACAAGCUGAAAGGAUACUAGCAGAAGGAAGAGACAGAGUAAAUAAGCUUGAGGAAGACAAUGCAAAACUACGUCGAGCUUUUGAACAGAGCAUGUCAAGAAUUAACAGGAUGUCAAUGGACUCUGACUAUUUUGUCGACAGGCGAAUAGUAAUCAAAUUGUUGGUAACCUACUUCCAGAGAAACCACAGCAAAGAGGUUUUGGAUCUUAUGGUUCGCAUGCUAGGAUUCUCUGAUGAAGAUAAGCAGAGGAUAGGUGUUGCUCAGCAAGGUGCAGGUAAAGGCGUUGUUCGCGGUGUUUUAGGUAUACCAGGUCGGCUAGUUGGUGGCCUUUGGAGUGGUGGUUCGGCUGAAUCUAAUGCAAAUAUGGCAUCUGAAAACCAGGUAUUGCUUCUUCUUUAUUGAUUGUAAACCCUAUAACAUAAGUUUGCAUCUGUUCUGGAGUCAGUUUACUUUGGUUUCUGUUCCUGAAGGGUGAUUUACCAUAUGCUUAGUAUUUCUUUUGAUUGAUAAGCUGACUCAAUAUAUCCUACAACCAGUACCGAACUUUGAUAAAAUUAUUCAUAAGUCCCCAUCACGUGGUCGCAGCCUUUUUUGGAAUCAACAGUCAAUGGUUAGGCUUGGAGAUUUUCCUCUCUUUCAUUGUUUGUAGUUAUGCACCACAAAGUUAGAUCCUAGAAUUCUCUGAAUUUGGAGAUUUCCGAGUUGCCAAUGACAAGUCUGUUUUGCUGUCGAUUUUCCGACAGUUUUGCUACAGACAUGGGUCCCACACACCCUUUGUGUCUCUUCUGUGACUAUUUUGUGGUUAACUUCCAUUUCUCUAGACUUUCUAAUAUUUUUAUGAUCAUCAUCAUUAUCAUUGAAUGAUCCUCAUUGCCACCUGUGUAUUUCGA